UCAGUGUCUGACACAAAGAGGAUUGUGAUUGUGGGAAAAACUGGAGCUGGCAAAAGCAGCCUGGCUAACACCAUAUUAGGACAGAAACUGUUCCUGAUCGGUGACACUGCCAGCUCAAAAUCAAAUAAUUGUCAAGCAGAAACAAAAUCUGUUAACGGAAGAAGCAUCACUUUGGUCGACACUCCUGGUUACUUUGACACAGACAGAUCUGAGGAGGAGCUGAAGCCUGAGAUAGUGAGGUGUAUCACAGAGUGCGCUCCUGGGCCUCAUGCUUUUCUCAUUGUGCUUAAAGUGGACAGAUUCACACAUCAAGAACAGGCUGUCAUCAACAAAAUAAAGCAAUACUUCUCAGAAAAAGUCUUCAAAUAUGCAUCUGUCAUCUUCACCCAUGGUGACCAGCUCCGUGAUGGACAGAAAAUUAUGGAUUUUGUCCACCAGAAUCAGCUUUUGAGUGACCUGAUGAAGAAGUGCGGAGGCCGCUGCCACGUAGUCGAUAAUAAAUACUGGAAGAACGACCAGCAGGAUGAAUACAGAAGCAACAAGUUCCAGGUGGAGGAGCUCCUCAAGACAAUAGAUGAGAUAACUGAGGCAAACAGAGGAGGCUGCUACACCAAUGAGAUGCUACAAGCAGUGGAAGAACACAUCAGAGAGCAGGCUCAGGGCAGCACAUCCGAGAAGCUUUUGAUCAAACUGGCAGGCAUAACAACAGGGGCAUUGUCAGCAGGUCUUUGUGGGUUAGCGUGGAGUGGAUCAGUACCAGUUGUAGUAAUGUUUAUUGCUGUUGGAGCUGCGAUUGGAGGUUUGAUAGCCUAUAGUCAAACUGAGUGA